AUGGGAAAGGAAAAGAAAAAUGAGGAUCUCAAAGCAACAGAGAUAGAACUCAAAGUGUCCAUGUACUGUAAUGCAUGUGAAAGAAGUGUGGCCAAAGCCAUUUCCAAGUUCAAAGGAGUGGAGACAUUUACAACAGACAUGAACAGACAUAGAGUAGUGGUUACAGGACAUAUCAAUCCACACAAACUUUUGAAGAAACUAAAGAAGAAGACAAGGAAGAGAGUUGAGAUUAUAGGAAAGAAUAAUGAAGAGGAAGAGACACAGACAGAUAAUCAUAACAUAGCAGUAGCACCACCACCACCACCACCGCAACAGUUUUUCUUUGAUUUUAUUUGUAAAGAGGAAGUGUUUAUGAUGUUUAGUGAUGAGAACCCAAAUGCAUGUUCGAUUAUGUAGGCAUGAAUUUUUUGGAAAUCUUUCAUUUUUUUUGUCCUUGUGCUCUUUUAAAUCAACCUCAACCCCGACAGCCGAACAGAAAUCCACAGUCAUCGAAGAAUAAGUCGGAUUUAAGCCAGAAACAAGAUUAGUCCUCAUUCAAUGAUCUAAAAUUGGAAAUUACUUCGUCCUUCGAUUGGCUUGACACCGGAAAAUUAUUCGCCGGUCAAGCAAAGGUGUCGGGUUUUCCUUUUCCUC